UAAAGAACCACAGCCAAAGGUCCCGGACACAGGACACAAAAGGUUGCAAGCACUCUUUUCCAAGGAAAGCAUCAAUCCCUCCUUCCAAAAACAAGCACGAUCGCGUAUGGAGUCCAUUGAUGAGGAAUUCCACAAUUACUGGGAAACUCUCAUGUUCUUCCAAUCCGAAGAGCUUCACGACUGCGUCAGCGAGGCGAUUUCCAGAUUCAAUGGCUCGAGUUCGCUGGGCGCGGCAGCGUUGCCAGUAGCAUCUAAAAGCAUUGUCUUGGAAAGAAACAGGAGGAAGAAGCUCAAUGAAAGGCUCUUUGCACUUAGAGCUCUUGUCCCCAAGAUAAGCAAGAUGGAUAAGGCGUCAAUAGUGAAGGAUGCUAUUGAUUACAUCCAAGAGUUGCGUGAGCAAGAAGGGAAAGUCCGAGCCGAGAUAGCGGAGCUCGAAUCUGCAAUUCUGAAGAAAAACCCCGACUUUAAAUUUGAGCAAGAACGAUCGCCGGUCCACCCAAAAUCUAAGACGAAGAGAAGAAAGCUGCGCCAUGAUAGUUCCAAGAGUCCAGACACCGCUCCAAUUGAACUUCUUGAGCUGAGAGUGAUGGAAGUUGGAGAGAAGAGUGUGGUGGUCAGCUUGACUUGUAGCAACAGAGGAGACACGAUGGUUAAACUCUGUCAAGCGUUCGAGUCUCUGAAGCUCAAAAUAGUCACCGCCAACAUCACCGCCCUCUCGGGGAAGCUUUCGAAGAUGGUGUUCAUAGAGAAGGAAGAGAAGCAGGGUAAGGAGCACAUUCAAUCCAAAAUCGAAGCCGCCAUUGCAGCUCUGAAUAAUCCUCAUGCCGAGCCCUCCGAUGCGAGCGCUAAGCAAUUAUGAGCUGAAAACACACAGAAGGGUCGGAUUCCAUUAGCGUUCACGGGAUGUCAUUCUCGGUGGCGGGGUAGUACCAAAUCGAGCGUUGAAUUAGUGUUCAAAAUAUGAAUCUUUUUUGCUUCGAUAACGCUUCAUGUUGAAUUCUAUGCUAUGUGGACAGUAAGAUGUUCUUCUGCACAUCCAGAUCUAAAGCUAAAGGGGAUGGGAAUUAAGUCCUCUUAUUGACCGAGGUGGCCCUUCAGGCAAAGGAUUGUGCUCUGUUGAGUGUUGUUCUGAUGA